GUGCCACAUCUUCCACUGAAUGAUAAAGCCGCUUCACCGGGAACUGGAGGCAGGACCGAAUAAAUAAGAACGUAGCUUGGAAAAACAAAUCCAGCCUGUUGCUGUUUAACAUAACAUAUUUUGUAGUUAGUUCCGGAAUUGACAGGCAGGCGGUAAAAGUAACACGAGCAUCUUGUACAGUUGCCCGGUCUGCUUUUCCCAGAGUUUUAUCAACAGCUGGAGGGGUGAUAGGUUAGGCGACUCCGUUAAGUUGAGGGUUUAGUGACGUCAUAAAGAGGAAAAGUGGGCUUAACCAAAAGUGUGGACUUUUUAACCGGGAGACUCAUAAACAACUCAUGUGAAAGAGGAACAGAGAAAAGAGGACAGAUAGCGACGUUGACCGGAAAAGGUGCAGGGAGAGUGGAAAAUUUAAAGCACAAGGAAAAAAACACUAAACCAGCUAUCUGCCUGCCUGAGAGAGCGGCAUCAUGGGUAAACAAAACAGCAAGCUGCGGCCUGAGGUCCUCAACGACCUGAGAGAAAACACAGAGUUCACUGACCACGAGCUGCAGGAGUGGUACCGCGGCUUCCUCAAGGACUGUCCUACAGGCCAUCUCACUGUGGAGGAAUUCAAGAAAAUUUACGCCAACUUCUUCCCAUACGGAGACGCCUCAAAGUUUGCAGAGCAUGUGUUCCGCACGUUUGACACCAAUGGAGACGCCACCAUCGACUUCAGAGAGUUCAUCAUCGCCCUGAGCGUGACGUCCCGGGGCGGCCUGGAGCAGAAGCUGCGCUGGGCCUUCAGCAUGUAUGAUCUGGACGGGAAUGGGUACAUCAGCCGGGCAGAGAUGCUGGAGAUAGUUCAGGCAAUUUACAAAAUGGUAUCAUCAGUGAUGAAGAUGCCUGAAGAUGAGUCCACACCAGAGAAAAGGACGGACAAGAUAUUCAGACAGAUGGACAUCGACAAUGAUGGUAGAUUGUCUUUGGAGGAGUUCAUCAAAGGUGCCAAGAGCGACCCGUCCAUAGUCAGACUGCUGCAGUCGGAUCAGGGAGCCUCUCGUCAGUUCUGAGGACAGAGACUUUGACAGACACACACUCUCUUUUACACAACCACAAACCCACAUUCAUUCAGCUUUUGAGGCUUGGCUGUCAUCACACCCACCUCGACAGACAUCUUUUCCUUGUAACACUCCGUGUCUGAAUGUUUACAUGGUUAUUUUCUUCAAUGUGGCUCCUUUUCUGUGGACUCUGGUGUGCUCUAGGUUGAUGUAUUCUUAUGUUAAACUCUUGCCUUUAAAUGGCUUCAACCUGUCCUCCAUAAAUGAAGUGCCAUGUCAUAUAUUUAUACUGACCGGAUCAUGAGCUAGUAUUAUUACUCCUACUAUGUUACACUUAAGAGGAAACUCAUUACAUUGCUUGUACAAUUUGAUUCGACUCACCUGUGUUGUUGUCAGGACUGCAGCUUAACAAGUGGAUGUUCUGAACAAGCUCUGUAUGCCUUCGAUAUUGCAUGCGCUCUGUGAUAUACGGUUUCUAAUAUUGUAACAGUUUACGUGAAUAAGGAGGCCGUGGUCGUUUUUAUUCCUUUUUAUUUUUGUAACAAAAAUGUCAAUUUGUUUUCACACAAUUGAAAUAAAGUCGUGUAAGAAAAAUCUA